AGAGAACCUUCUUAGCAAAGCUGAAUGUACCAAAAUAUGGACAGAAAAAAUAAUGAAACAAACUGAAGUGUUAUUGCAACCAAAUCCAAACUCUAGGAGGGAGAGACAGCUUUGAGCAAGCAAAAGCCCAAAAAAGAUGUCAGAAGUAUAUGACUCUUUGGUUCUUAAAGAUGCCAGGAUAGAAGAAUUUGUUUAUGAGAAACUGGAUAGAAAAGCUCCAAGUCGUGUAAACAACCCAGAACUUUUGGGACAAUAUAUGAUUGAUGCAGGGACUGAGUUUGGCCCUGGAACAGCUUAUGGUAAUGCUCUUAUUAAGUGUGGAGAAACACAAAAGCGAAUUGGAACUGCAGACAGAGAGCUGAUUCAAACAGCAGCUUUAAAUUUUCUCACUCCUUUAAGAAACUUUAUAGAAGGAGAUUAUAAAACAAUUGCUAAAGAAAGAAAGCUACUACAAAAUAAGAGACUGGAUUUGGAUGCUGCAAAAACCAGACUAAAAAAGGCAAAAGCUGCAGAAACUAGAGCUUCACAACUAAACUCAGCUCACCUUGAAGGAGAUAACAUUAUGGUAAAUUUCUCUUACAUGCUCAACUUCCUGCAUGUAAAAUGGCUAAAGAUUUGGGCAGAGGAAGUGACAAAAUCUGAACAGGAAUUAAGAAUAACUCAAAGUGAAUUCGAUCGUCAGGCAGAGAUUACCAGACUUCUGCUAGAAGGAAUUAGCAGUACACACGCCCAUCACCUCCGCUGUCUGAAUGACUUUGUAGAAGCCCAGAUGACUUACUAUGCACAAUGUUACCAGUACAUGUUAGACCUUCAGAAACAACUGGGAAGUUUUCCAUCCAGUUAUCAUUCUAACAACAAUCAGACUUCCGUGGUACCUGUACCAUCUGCUUCAUCAAAUGUGAUUGGUUCUUCUGCCAUGACUUCAAGUGGCCUAGUAAUGACCUCUCCUUCCAACCUUAUUGACCUUAAGGAGGGCAGUGGCAGCAGAAAGGCCAGGGUUCUAUACGAUUAUGAUGCUGCAAACAGUAGUGAAUUAUCACUUCUUGCAGAUGAGGUGAUCACUGUGUUCAGUGUCGUUGGAAUGGAUUCAGACUGGCUAAUGGGGGAAAGGGGAAAUCAGAAGGGUAGGGUGCCAAUUACCUACUUAGAACUGCUCAAUUAAAUAGGUGGACUAUGGAAAGAUUAUCCAUCAUGACACCCUAUUUAUAUACAACUAACUCUAAAUAAAGCAGGUUUAGUAUCUUCCAUGUUAAUGUCUUAAAGAGACUGAAAAAGAAAAUACCAGCCGUCAGAAACGGGCUUUCUGCCAGUAAAAUUGCUUGGUAACUAUUUCAUUACAGAAUUUAUGUUAGAGCUUUCAUACCAAGAAUGUUUUCUUACAAAAUUCUCUUUCUACUGAGGUUUCACUAAUAAGCAGCUUCUACUUUUGAGCCCCAACUUAAAACAGAAGAACUGUUUUCUACUGAAUUUUUCAUUAAUGGCAAGCUUUUUCUUUUCUGUAAAAUAAAUUUAUUGUGAAUUGAUA